AGUCGCUCACGACGUCGCUGGGUUUUGAAACUAAGAUAAGGCCAAAGAAAAAAAAAAAGAUACAAUAGCUAAGAGAACCUGACAUCCUAGAGACAGAGAACUUCCAGUGACUGUGCAUUUUUUUAGUGAAGUGUUAAAUAAAUAUUAAAAAUAUACAUAUUUAAAAAAGCUAUAAGUAAGGGAAGAGAGAACCCUUAACCCUUUGGGGCUGGCUAUGAAAGACUCGAUGAGCAUACUCACCCAAACGCCCAGCGAGCCCAACGCAGCGCAUAACCAGCUGCUGCAGCAGCACCACCAGCUCCACCACCACCACCACUACGGCCUGCAGCCCCCGCCGGUGGCUUCCAUUGGCAUCCACAUCCACGGCGGCACCACCACCAUGUCCUCCGGCGGCGGCGGCGGCAGCACCACAACGGCAGCGGGCCUCAAGCCCAAUCGAUCCCGCUUCAUGAUCAACGACAUUCUGGCGGGCAGUGCGGCGGCCGCCUUCUACAAGCAGCAGCAACAGCAGCAGCAGCACCACCAACAGCAGUUGCACCACCACCACCACAACAACAACAACAACAACAACAAUUCGGGUUCCAGCGGCGGCAGCAGUCCCGCUCACAACAACAACAACAACAAUAAUGGCGAAAGCUUCGAGGCACCCACUGCCACCGGUGGUGGGGCGGCCUUGCCACCUGCCCUGCACCACCCACAGCCACAUCCGCAUCCGCCACAUUCACAUCCGCACCAGCUGAUGCAUCCGCACGGCAAGCUGGGGCACUUCCCACCCACCGCCGGCGGCAAUGGGUUAAAUGUGGCCCAAUAUGCGGCGGCCAUGCAGCAGCACUAUGCCGCUGCCGCUGCUGCGGCUGCUGCGCGCAACAAUGCAGCUGCGGCUGCUGCUGCUGCGGCCGCUGCUGCUGCGGCUGCCGUCGGCGGGGGACCGCCCGGAGUGGGUGGCGGCGAGGUGGGCGGAGUGGGCGGAGCGGUGGCGCCACCGAAGAGCGGCGAUCUGGACGACAGCAGCGAUUACCACGAGGAGAACGAGGACUGCGACAGCGACGAGGCGGGUGGCAGCGGCCACAUGGACGAUCACAGCGUUUGUAGCAAUGGCGGCAAGGACGACGACGGCAACAGCGUGAAGAGCGGUUCCGCCAGCGACAUCAGCGGCCUGAGCAAGAAGCAGCGGAAGGCGCGUACCGCCUUCACGGACCACCAACUGCAGACGCUGGAGAAGUCCUUCGAGCGGCAGAAGUACCUCAGCGUCCAGGAGCGGCAGGAGCUGGCCCACAAGCUGGACCUCAGCGACUGCCAGGUGAAAACCUGGUACCAGAACCGCAGAACCAAAUGGAAGCGGCAGACCGCCGUGGGCCUGGAACUGCUGGCGGAGGCCGGCAACUUCGCGGCCUUCCAGCGGCUGUACGGCGGAUCGCCUUACCUGGGCGCCUGGCCGUAUGCGGCCGCCGCCGGAGCCGCCCAUGGGGCCACGCCCCACACGAACAUCGACAUCUACUACCGCCAAGCGGCCGCCGCAGCCGCCAUGCAGAAGCCGCUGCCCUACAACCUGUACGCCGGCGUUCCGUCCGUCGGCGUGGGCGUUGGGGUGGGCGUGGGCCCGGCUCCGUUCUCCCACCUGUCCGCCUCCAGUUCGCUGUCCUCGCUGAGCAGCUACUAUCAGAGUGCGGCGGCCGCUGCUGCCGCGAAUCCGGGCGGACCGCAUUCGGUGCCGCCGCCGCCGCCUUCAGUGGGCGGUGGGGGAUCGCCGCCGAGCGGACUGGUCAAACCGCUUCCUGGCCGCUCCGACCCCGCCUCCGCCUCCCCACCGCCAAGGCCGCCGUCGACGCCCAGUCCGACGCUCAACCCGGGCAGUCCGCCCGGGCGGUCCGUCGACAGCUGUUCGCAGUCGGACGACGAGGAUCAGAUUCAGGUGUGAGCGGUACGGAGGUUGCAGUCCGGCGAUCGUGUGUGUGUCCAUCAUCAUUGGGCUUGUGCUGUCUCAAAAACGUGAUAUUUAAGGGGAUACCAACUACAUUUCAA